AAUGUUGUUUGUCCGAGUGGACCUGCCGUAUUGCGACGAUAUCGUCAAACGCGGAGGGCCUCGAACAACUAAAUCCAAUUUUACACUGGUCUUAUCUGCAACAACAAAAAACACAAAGCCAAACAGCUAUAGAUGGCAUUGACACCAGCAGUUACGGUAUUAUGUGAAAAUUCAAAUGAAGUCUUCUUUGACGUGUGCAAGUUGUUACUUUCAUACGCCGACAAUAUUUUAAGGGAUCCGAAUGUGGAAAAAUACAGAUCAAUCCGUGUAGGCAAUCCUACUUUUUCUAGCAAGUUGUUACCAAUCAACGGUGCUGUGGAAUGUCUCUUUGAGAUGGGUUUUGAAGAGGCUGACACGCACUUGGUGUUUCCAAAGUCUGCAUCAUUGGACCAACUGAAGGUAAUCAGGGAGUCCAUAGCUGCUCAAAGAGACCAAAGACUUAAUGGAGGGCAGCAUAUUCACCUUUUGACUGAGGCUCAAGUACAAAGCCCAGCUUCAUCAAGCCAAGCAGUCUCAUCAGUUCCUACACAAUCUUCACCACUGGUGAGCAGCGUGAACUUCUUUGUGACUCUUCAGUCAAACUUUAAACACGUGCUGCUGUACGAGAACUCUGAGCUACAGCAGAAAGCCAGAAGCUACAUUCCUUACAAGCUACUGUCCUCUACUGCCGAGAAAAAGAUGAAGUUUGCUCAAGAGGCUGAGACAGAAUGUGUACUAGGGAAAGAGGACUUCCUGGUGCUGGAGUUGCUGAGGUGGUUCAAAUAUGAGUUUUUCUCCUGGGUGGACUGUUUGCCCUGCAGCCACUGUGGAGGCCCGACCCAGAACACUGGCUCACUCAGUCCGACCAUUGAUGAGCUACGCUGGGGAGCUCAGCGAGUGGAGAACCACUACUGUAAAAGUUGCCAGAUUUGCACCAGAUUCCCUCGAUAUAACAACCCCGAGAAGCUUCUCGAUACAAGGAGAGGACGCUGUGGGGAGUGGGCCAACUGUUUUACCCUCUGUUGCAGAGCUCUCUGCCUCGAAGCUAGGUACAUUUGGGACAGCACAGAUCAUGUUUGGACAGAGAUUUACUCUGUUUCUCAACGCCGUUGGCUGCACUGUGACUCAUGUGAGAACAUCUAUGAUAAACCUUUACUCUAUGAGGUUGGCUGGGGGAAGAGGCUCUCCUAUGUUCUGGCUUUCUCCAGGGAUGAGGUUGUUGAUGUAACAUGGAGGUAUUCCUGCAAACAUCCAGAGGUUAUGUCAAGAAGGACUCGUGUUCGGGAGACCUGGUUGCUGCACACCAUUAUUAGACUCAAUGGUUUGAGACAGCAGUCCCUGAGUGUUGACAGGAAAAUAGAACUCUCAGAACGGCUGCUUGUUGAACUUGUAGAGUUCGUUUGCCCCAGGAUCCCAAAACAAGGCGAGUUGGGAGGGCGCAUCUCUGGGUCUUUGGGCUGGAGAAUAGCAAGAGAAGAGAUGGGAGAUGCCAAUUCAGGGACUACAAACCAGGGUCCAUGCUAUGUGUUCAUGCCCACUGAAAAAGAGAAGAGAGACAAGAUCAUUCAUGUUUUGUACAACACGACAAAAGACCAAUAUUGUCGAGUCUCCAAUGAUUUUGAGGUCAUCCAGUGCUGGGAUCGAUGUGUGUGGAGUAAGAAGUCUGUCUUUAGGAUAGUGGAAAAUGACUGGGAUAUGAGAUGCCUUUACUUCCUUCGGCUUCUCAUCAACCCUCAGCCUCCAGACGCAAAGUCGAAGCCCAGUCCCGGAAAGGGUCUCAAGUACCGUGCCCACGGUCUUUGCCUGGACGUCGAUUCAGCCCCUGGAAACCUCAGGGCAAAAAAGGAAGCAAAGACACCAGUUCAAUUCUCGGAGGAGAGAGGAGAGGAACUGUCUCGUACAAUUCACCACGACUUUCAGGAAUCUGAAGGAGUGGACCCUCUCCACACAUUCCCAAUUGAUGAACAGUAGGACCAGGUCCAUGCCACACUUCGGGAAGUCCAGGAUGAUUUUCUUCAUUUUUGUUGUGUUUAGUGUGUGGUUGUUUGCUGAACGCCACUUUGACAGAUUUGCAAUCUCAUCUCUGUAGGCAGACUCAUCUCAGUUAGAGAUGAGCCCAAUCACGGUGGUAUCAUCAGCAAACCUGAUGAUGGAGUUGCGGGGAUGGGCUAAUAUGCAGUCAAAUGUAUAGAUAGAGUGACGACUCAGUCCACAACCUUCAGGGGACGUGGUGCUUAGGGUGAUGAAGCAAAGCAAAUUUAUUUGUGUCACACAUUAUCAACUCAUUGUGUUUUACGUGAUUAAAAGUAUUUGAAAACAAAGAGAUAAAACAUUUAAAACAAGAUAAAACAAUAAAAAUGACAAUAAAAUCUAUGUAUUAAAAAAAAGUACAAUUAAAACCAUGAACAGUGCAAGAAAUAUGAUUAAAAAGUGGAAAUACUCUAAAAAGCAUGAGGAAAAAAUGAGUUUUCAACCCGGAUUUAAAAACAUUCACACCUGGGGCUGACCUCACCUCAGUUGGCAACUUAUUCCAUUUGUGUGCAGCAUAAUGGCUAAAUGCUGCUUCACCCUGUUCACUUUGGACUUUAACCUGAGUUAUCUCUCAGAGCUCUACUUGGUUUUUAUUCCGUAAGCAUUUCUUUCAUGUAUUCAGGAUUUAGUGAUUUGUAGCCCAGUAGCAGAAAUUUAAAAUCAAUUCUAAAGCUGACUUGAAGCCAGUGCAAGGAUUUAAGGAAUGGAGUUAUAUGGUCUGAUCGCUUUGUUAUGGUCAGAAUGCGAGUUGCAGCAUUGUGAAUGAGCUGGAGCGGUUUAAUAUUCUUUUUAGGGAUUCUAGUCAGAAGACCAAUACAAAAGUCAAAUCUACUUGAGAUAAAAGCACGGAUGAGGUUUUCCUGGUCUGCUUGACACUAACAAGCCUUCAUUCUAGAUAUGUUUUUCAGAUGGUAGAAAGCAGUUUUUGUGAUUGAUUUGAUACGGUUGUUAAGAGUCAAGUCAGAAUCAAUAAGUUGACCAAGGUUUCAGACUUGGUCUUUGGUUUUUAAAGAUAGCGAGUCCAGGUGUUUAAAAAUUUCUCUCAGACAAGAAGUUGCCACUGGCAGCACAUUUCAGUAAUGACGAAUGGGUCGCAAACCUAGCUUGUGUUACAUAUUCAGCCCCCCUGAAUGAAUCCAAUCUGGCAUUUCAGGGGAAAAUGACAACGGUCUUCAAGUUGGAGAUAAUGUAGCUCGAUUUAAACCCAAAUUGGAUUUGUGUGGAUGACGCGUGAACAGAGGCAUAUUUGAUAUGUUUCAAACAUUAGCAGGGAUUUUGUGUGACACUGAGCCUUCAUUCUCCCAGCUGGUGCGCGAUCACCUGUCUUUGCUAUUAAGAGUUCGAGCGACACUUCCCAACCAAAAAGGACGCACGAACUGCCAAGCAAUGGAUCCGUGACCCAUUUGUCAACAAACCAGGUGAAUCCAGUAUCUUUGCAGCAAGAAGAUCGAUCAACAGUUGGAGAUCACAACUGGCGAUGGGUUAAAAAGUAUUUUCGAGACAGCAACUCAACCGAUGUUCUGGAUUAAUAUGAUAUAGAAUACCAUGAGAAAUCUUAUGACCAAAUAGUUGUCUUCAGUACAAAUAACUGACAGCGGUUGUGAAAUCCAACAUAAAUCUUCUAUUGUAUCUUGGAGGCUAUAAAUUAUUUAAAUGAUAACCUUUGGCUCACUUUUAACUAAAACACAGAUAUUGAAAAAAAAGCUAAAAUCCAUCCAUCCAUUUUCUUAGCCGCUUAUCCUCACAAGGGUUGGAAGGAGUGCUGGAGCCUAUCCUGGCUUGUCAAUGGGCAAGGUACACCCUGAACUGGUUGCCAGCCAAUCGCAGGGCACAGACAAACAACCGCACUCACAAUCACACGUAUGGGCAAUUUAGAGCGUCCUAUUAAUGUUGCAUGUUUUUGGGAUGUGGGAGGAAACCAGAGUGCCCGGAGAGCACUCGCUGGCUUGCGCCGAAGAAAAACCCAUUAGUUUCUAGAAUUCCUCAGUGAUUGUAAGCUAAAAGCAAUCCUUGGAUCAGCUGCUGAACCUGGACACGGUUUUACAAGCUCAGCCCCCGCCCCCAGAAAGUACCAAAACUGUAAAGAGCUUUUGUUAAAAGACAAGUUGCGGAGGUAUGCUUUUUUUCCUGACAAUUGUUAACACUGUUUACAUAAUUGAAUGAUCGAAACACGUCGACCUUAGCGAAAAAUAUUUACUUACUGCAAAUCGUUUGACCAUUGUCAACUAUUAAAACAGGCUCAUAAUGUGUACAACUGGUGACAUGGUGGCGCAGUUGGAAAGCGUUGGCCUCACAGUGCUGAGGACCUGUGUUCAGUCCCAGCCCUGCCUGUGUGGAAUUUGCAUGUUCUCCCUGUGCCUGCGUGAGUUUUCUGCGGGCACUCCGGUUUCCUCCCACACCCCAAAAACAUGCAACAUUUAUUGGACACUCUAAAUUACCCCUAGGUGUGAUUGUGAUUGUGGCUGUCUCUAUGUGCCCUGCAAUUGGCUGGGAACCAGUAAAGGGUGUACCCUGCCUCUUGCCUGUUGACAGCUCGGAUAGGCUCCAGCACUCCUGCAACCCCUAUGAGAAUAAGCGGCUCAGAAAAUGGAUGGAUAUAUACAAAUUUAUUUAUUUGUGCAGGGUUUUUAAUUUUAACUCUUACAUACGAGUCACUCACCGGAGACCUGUUUGCAAUUUAUUAAAAGUAAUUUGUGCACCAUGAAAUAGAUUGAAAUGAACCUAUGCUCUAUCUUCACAUUUUUUUUUCUUAUUUUAUAAACAUUGAACCUUAUUGUUCUAUAUUAAUUACAGAUGUUGCCGGAAGCAUCUUCUGCACAAGGGGUUGAUAUUGAACCAGCAUAUGAUAAUCUGCAUCUUUGGUACAUUCCAAAAGUUGCCAGAAUGAUGACGUGCCUAUUCAUGAAAAUGGAACAGCUUUCCAACAGCAGAGA